UUCCGGUGGGGAACUUUGGACGGGUCCUGACAGUUGGUAUCAGAGCAUAGGUUCUUGUAAUCCUAAGGGACUGUGCAUUGCUGUACAGCCCAUCCGUAAAUUCCUUCCUUUUGUAAUCGUGCUUAAGUGUCCCUGUUUCUAAACUCUUGUUUGUUUCUUCAGUAAUCGACUACGAUGAGUCGGCGGGACACACGUAGAACUCGGGAACGCUCGGCUGAGAGUUCCGGGAGUCGAUCAAGCCUUAGAGAUCUGGUCUCUCAGCUAACUAGAGCCUUAGGAGGUUCAAGCUCUAGUAACCGAUCCGUGGAUCAGGCUCGACGUUUAGGAGCCGUGGAGUUCGAUGGAAGCCAAGGCCCAGCUGCAGCCUUGAAGUGGCUAUCCAGCAUGGAGAAAAUCUUGGAAGAGGGGAUGCAGUGCCCCGAUGAGGAUAUGGUGAGGAUUUCUGGGUUCAUGUUAGAGGGAGACGCCCGGAAGUGGUGGCAAAUGGAGAAGACCCGCAGAAGGCAUACGUGGGACCAGUUCAAGAUUGCCUUCUCUACUGAGUUCUGUCCUCCUGCCUACCGUGAGGCGAGAAGGAGAGAGUUCGAGGGACUGCGCCAGGGAAACAUGACGGUGACAGAGUACGAGAGGAGGUUCCGGGAGCUGUCAGAGUUCUGCAUGCACUUGAUUCCCGACGAUCACGCGAAGAAGGUGAGGUUCAUAGACGGGUUGAACGAGAGCAUCGGCUACACCCUUUCUGGGUCAGUACACCCCACCUAUCAGUCCGCCAGGGAUGCAGCGCUCGAGCUAGAGAGACAGGCGGAGAUACACAGACCCUCGAGGCGCAGACCGUUCGAAGGUUCGUAUAGCGGGGUACCUCGACAGGGGGCAUCUAAGAAGAGUCAUAGUUCAGGCUCAGACAGUGGUGGGUUCAGCCCUCGAGGCAGAUUUCAGAGGAGAGGCGGCUAUCGUAUGCCCCAACCAGCGCGCCAUUCCAUCAGCGGCGGCACGAGCUCAUAUCAGCACUCUGGGUUUAGCCCCAAGCCAUUCUGCAGACGUUGCAAUAGAGCACACCAUGGGAUUUGCCAGUUUGAGGGUGUGUGCUUUCAGUGUGGGCAGGCGGGACAUAUUAAGAGAAAUUGCCCUUAUGGAGAGGCGGGAGUGUUAGGGGCGAGCCCACCAUCACAUCAGGCCAGUGGGUCGCGGGGUCAGAGUUCCCGAGGGAGUUAUGCAGUAGGAGGUUCAUCGGGAUCAGUCCCACAGCCUGUUGGACCGAGCAGGGGUAGAGGACGGAGGCCCCAGCAGACAGGGCAGGGUCGAGUGUUUGCGAUGACGCAGCAGGAGGCCCUAGCUACACCGGACGUCGUGGCAGGUACGUUGAAUAUAUUUGGUAAUGAUGCAUUAGUACUUAUAGACCCGGGAGCAACACAUUCAUUCAUCUCCAAGGAAUUCGUCACUCGGGUCGGUAUGACCCCUACUCCUUUAGAAUGUCUGCUAGAAAUAGCCACUCCUGCAGGAGAAUCCUUGUGGCCUAGCCAGUUAAUCAAGGAAUGUUUCUUCUGCAUCGAAGAUCAAGUGAUGGAGGCGGACUUGAUCCUGUUGGAUCUGUCCGGACUUGAUGUAAUUUUGGGCAUGGAUUGGUUGGCAAGGAACCAUGCAUCUGUAGACUAUUUCAGCAAGGAAGUUACAUUCAGGAGGCCAGGGUUGCCAAAAGUAGUAUUCCGUGGAGGAGUUGGAAGGCCCUUACCGAGGUUAAUAUCUACCCUUACCGCCAAGAAGCUACUGAAUAAAGGUUGCCAGGGGUAUUUGGCUCAUGUGAUAGAUACCCGAGUAAGUGGGGUCAGGUUGGAAGACAUGCCCGUUGUGAGGGAUUUCCCGGACGUGUUUCCUGAGGAGUUACCAGGAUUGCCUCCGGAAAGGGAAGUUGACUUUCCCAUUGAAUUGAUUCCAGGCACCGUGCCUAUUUCUCUACCACCGUAUCGGAUGGCUCCAGCGGAGUUAAGGGAGCUAAAGGUCCAGUUGCAAGAUUUGGUAGAUAAGGGGUUUAUUAGACCAAGUAUAUCGCCGUGGGGAGCCCCAGUUUUGUUUGUAAAGAAAAAGGAUGGUAGUCUAAGGCUGUGUAUAGACUACCGACAACUUAAUAAGGUCACCAUUCCUAAUCGCUAUCCGUUGCCAAGGAUAGAUGAUCUAUUCGACCAACUCCAAGGUGCCAAGGUGUUCUCCAAGAUCGACUUGAGGUCGGGAUACCAUCAGUUAAGGAUCCGAGAGUCGGACAUUCCUAAGACUGCCUUUAGGACGAGGUACGGACAUUAUGAAUUCCUAGUGAUGUCGUUCGGACUCACCAAUGCCCCAGCAGCUUUCAUGGACUUGAUGAAUAGGGUGUUUCGUCCGUACUUGGAUCAUUUUGUCAUUGUAUUUAUCGAUGACAUUCUGAUCUAUUCAAGGAGCCAAGAAGAGCACGUGAGGCAUUUGAAGAGAGUGCUCCAAACUCUAAGACAGCAUCAGCUAUAUGCUAAAUUCGACAAGUGUGAAUUCUGGUUGAAUCAAGUGGGUUUUCUCGGACAUAUCGUGUCGGCAGAAGGUAUCUAUGUGGACCCUGAUAAGGUAAAGGCAGUGUUGAGUUGGGAGCGCCCUACCACUGUGAGGGAGGUACGAAGUUUUCUUGGAUUAGCGGGUUACUACCGUCGUUUUAUUGAAGGGUUUUCAAGGAUUGCCGGGCCGCUUCAUAGAUUGACCCGAAAGAAUGUUGAAUUUAGUUGGACGGACAGGUGUGAACAGAGUUUUCAGGAGUUGAAGCAAAAGUUGACAUCCGCACCUGUUUUAACUUUACCUGAUGGGAAUGAAGGUUUUGAAGUUUAUUGUGAUGCAUCCCAUCAAGGGUUGGGUUGCGUGCUAAUGCAGAAUCAAAGGGUGGUAGCGUAUGCAUCUCGGCAAUUGAAGCAGCACGAACAGAAUUACCCUACGCACGACUUAGAAUUGGCGGCGGUAGUCUUUGCUCUAAAGAAGUGGAGGCACUACUUGUAUGGGGCCACGUGCCAAAUCUAUACCGACCACAAGAGCCUCAAGUAUAUUUUCACUCAGAAGGAGUUAAAUAUGAGGCAAAGGCGAUGGAUGGAGUUGUUAAAGGAUUAUGACUGUGUGAUUGACUAUCACCCGGGUAAGGCGAAUGUAGUGGCAGAUGCUUUGAGUAGGAAGGCUACUGGAUCCCUUGCUCACAUCCAAGUCAUCCAACUACCUCUCAUGGUGGAGUUGAAGAAGAUGGGGGUGUUAAUGCAUAUGCAUCCUUCAGGAGUUCUCAUGGCUAGCUUCCAGGUACGACCGGUGUUGGUGGAUCGUAUAGUAGAGACCCAAAUGGAAGAUCCUAAGUUGAGGACAAUUAAGGGCAAGGUACAAGAAGGUCUUGAUCCGGAAUUUUCCAUAAGGAGGGAUGGAGCCCUCGUGUAUAAAGGACGACUUUGCGUUCCGGAUAUCCCAGGACUCAAGAAGGAGAUUUUGGAGGAGGCGCAUAGCUCGAUGUAUGCGAUGCAUCCUGGGAGUACCAAGAUGUAUCGGACGCUUGUUAAAGAGGACAGGGAUGAUAUAAUAGAGAAGGCAGAGGCUUUAACUCACGAGGCAGAGGAUUCACACCUGCUGUUGGCCGAGACUCCCAAAGCUCCUUUCUUCAGAAUCAAGUUUCAAACAACUUCAAAGAAACCAGGAAUCACAGAACCUUGGAUCAUUCUUCUCAACAAAAUUCGGAAAAAGAAAGGCCUAAGGCACAGUGUCAAAUAUGCCAUAAUUUCUACCACACUGCAGCAACCUGUUAGAAAAGGAGCAUCAUCUCAUAUGACUAAUGAUGUAGGUAAACUCACUAAUCCUCAUGUUUAUCAUGGUAAGGAUGUGGUUUAUGUUGGUAAUGGAGAAAGCUUGUCAAUUUCAAAUAUUGGUGAUCUUAAUCUUUCUAUAAGUCAUGGGAAAGACUCAAAUCAAAGGAUAAUAGCCAAGGGCCAUAAGAAGGGCCGACUGUAUGCCUUAGAUGAUCCAAUUCAUCAAGUCUUUUCAGCAAUAAAAGGAAAUUCUGGACCACCACAUAGACCAUCUGUUUUUGUCCAACAUGAAGGCUCAUCAACUUCCCCUCAUGUUGCUGCUGCAUCAGACACUGUUCACGCCUCAUCAACUUCUCCAAAUGACAUGCUUACUGUCCCAACACCUGUUCACCUACCAUAUAUUCCUCAAAAUGAUAUUUUAACUCCUAUUCACACAUCAUCAAUCCUUCAAAUUGAUAUGCCUACUUGCACAGUUGUUGUUCACGUGCUACCAAGCUCUCCAGCUGCAACUUUGGCUACUAUUCACAUGUCACCAGCUCAUCAUAAUGAUAUUUAA